UUUUGAAAAUCGUUUUGUGCAACAUUUCAUAGAAUUUAACUUUUCAUUCCUGCGAAUUAUAAGCAGACUUGAUGAUUUAUGUUAUCGGGUGAUCAAAAUUCUAGUCAUUUCCAUCUCGUUCCCGUGAAUUUGAUGAACGGGAUGAGACAAGUCCCAUAAAAUAACGUUUUUGGAUAUAUGACGCAAGAUAUGAUCAGGCAGUUACUCUUUGGUUUCCUGUUAAUCCAUUCAUCUCUUGCCAAGCAUGUACAUCCAGGCAAUAACAAACUUCCAAGACGAGCCCGGUUACAAGCAAUCCCUGCUCCCGGGCCAGGCCCAGGAAAGAAAUGGCUAACUUUAAAUGGUGGGGAGCCGUUGGUGAUAGCCCAAGGCGGGUUCCCAGGGUUAUUCCCAGAUUCAUCUGGGGUGGGCUAUACUGCGGCUUUGGCAUUGGGUGUGCCUGGUACUAUCAAGUAUUGUAACUUGCAACUAACAAAAGAUAAUCUGGGAAUUUGUCUUGCGGACAUAAAGCUUGAUAAUUGCACGGAUGCAGCAACCAAGCUCCCAAAGCAACAACGAAGGCACAACAUUAAUGGGCGGGAUAUUGAUGGAUGGUUCCCUAUGGAUUUCCCUAUGGACGAGCUAAUGAAGAAUGUACAUUUGGUGCAGAAUAUUUAUUCAAGAGCGAAUGCUUUCGAUUCUGUCUUCCCUCUUCUAUCACCAGACAGUGUUUUCGGAAUGGAGCCAAAGGGCUCACUAUGGUUGAAUGUUCAGAACAAUGCAUUCUGGAGCUCAAAUCAGUUAAAUGUAAUACAAUACAUUGAUGAUUCCAAAGAAUACUUUGUGGCUGAUUACAUAUCGUCACCGGAGAUCGGUUUCUUAAAAUCGGUAGGUACAAGUAAGACCUUUGAUAGGAUGAAGACCAAACUUAUCUUUCGAUUCUUGGCUGUUGAUGAGGUAGAGCCCACUUAUAAAGAAACAUAUGGUGCGCUUGUAAAGAAGCUUGCGAUGAUCAAGACAUUUGCCUCAGGAAUACUAGUCCAGAAAAACUAUAUAUGGCCUGUAGGUAAAGAUGGAUAUCUGCAGCCAGCAACCACCUUAGUAGCUGAUGCUCAUAGAGAAGGCCUUACAGUGUUUGCUUCCGGUUUUGCAUCUGAUGUAUUUUCAAGUUACAAUUACAGUUAUGAUCCCACAACUGAGUACUUGCAGUUCAUCGAUAAUUCACAAUUUUCUGUUGAUGGGGUCGUUACAGAAUUCCCAGGAUCUGCUUCCAAGGCCAUAGCGUGCAUAGCUCAAAGUCCAAAUCCGAGCCGAAAGAUUGAAACUGCUUUGGUAAUAUCUCACAAUGGGGCGAGUGUUGAUUAUCCUGGUUGCACCGAUUUUGCAUAUAAGAAAGCUAUAAAUGACGGGGCAGACAUAAUCGAUUGCAAUGUUCAGAUGACCAAAGAUGGUGUUGCGUUUUGCCUAGACUCGGCUGAUCUACUGGGAAAAACUAAUGCAGCAAUGGCUUUUAUGGACCGAUCUACUACCAUACCAGAAAUCCAACCAAAGAGUGGCGUUUUCACAUUUGAUGUCACAUGGACAGAGAUUAAAUCUGUUAAGCCGUUGAUUCAAAACCCGUUUCAGUCUGGUGGAUUGUUACGAAACCCCAAAUCAAAGAAUGCUGGAAAGUUUCUAACACUGCCAGAGUUCUUGGAGCUUGCUAAGAAGAAUGCAUCAACGACGGGUAUUCUCAUUGGUAUCCAACACGCUGCAUAUCUAGCAUCUAAGAAAGGCCUUGACAUCAUUGGCGUGGUCAGUAGUGCACUCAAAAAUGCGAAACUGGACCCCAAACAACAAGUUCUGAUCCAAUCUGACGACACGUCUGUUUUAGCAAAGUUCAAGGCAUCAGCACCAAGUUACCGUAGGGUCUUGUUGUUCCACAAGCCGAUAAGUGAGGCACCAAAAGCAGUUACUGAUGACAUCAAGAAGUACGCCGAUGCAGUGAAUGUGGUCAAGAAAUCGAUUGUUCAGGAAAGUAAGAUCUUUUUUACUACUACGUCGACGAAAGUGGUUGAAGAAAUGCACGCGGCAAACAUCUCGGUGUACGUUUCAGGAUUCUCGACGGAGACUCUAAGUAUGAUGCUCGAUUACUAUAGUGAUCCGUACACUGAGCUUGCUACGUUCAUGACAGAGGGUGUCGAUGGUGUGAUCACUGAUAACCCAAAAACCGCAAGUACAAAUAUGAGAAAUCCAUGUGCAGACCCGAAUAGCACGGCGCCAUUCAUUUUUCAACCGGUUAAACCGGGGGAUUACCUAACACAAGUUGAUCCGAAGGUUGUGCCACCGGCUGCAGCGCCAAUACCUCCACUUCAGGUGACGGAUGUUGUCGAUCCGCCACUACCUCCAGUUAAUGAUGAGGCUCGAAAACAUGAAUCCAGUAGUUCCGGCCAAAGCAUAACUGCUGUUGAUAUGAUUGCAAUGGUCUUAUUGAUGAUUGGGCUGAUCUCUAUAAUUGGGUGUUGAUUUGUGGUGAUAUUUGGUUUGAGGUGAAAUGAGAGUUUGUGUUUGUACCAUGCGAAGCUGUAGGAUUGUUGUAUGCACUUCUUAGUAUAAUUUUUUCUUUUCAUUUUUGGUAGAAGAGUAUAGUUUUUAAGUUGAACUUGAUAAAUUAUUCCUACUUGAAAUCUUUUGAUUAGAUUUUUCGAAAAACAUGCAUGUAACUCUCUGCA